CUGUCACAUGUAACGCACGUGGCUUGAUUGAUUGCGCAGACGUUAAUUUGUUUUCUGAAGGAAAAACUGGAAACAAAAAAUUGCGGAAACGGCUUUUCGAGAUUCUUCUUGGAUUUAAGAAUCGAUUGAAAACCAAAUGGCUUUAAUCAAUUUGAGGCGGAGUCAGAGUAUUUAAUUGAAAUAAUUUGUUUUGAAUUACAUCUGUAACUGAGCAUUUAAUAAAAAGAGACUUAACUUUAUUUGCAAUUCAGUUUCAAUACAUGUUGCAAAAUGAAAGUUUUACUACUGUUCGUAAACAAAUAACUGAAGGCUCAGUUGAGUGAUAUAGUCGGAAAUGACUUAGAAACUCAUUCAGGUCGAGGAAUUGCUUGGAAUAGUGCGAAGGAAACAGUAUUUUUACCUCAAACCAACGAAUAUCUGGAUUAACUUUGUGUUUACAAUGGCGAGAAUCAUAACGAGGAUAAAAGCAUGGAAGAAAAUUCUCGUAUAUGCUGUAUUUCUUGCUGCGGUAGGACAACUCGUUUGGCUUUAUCGAAAGAACCAGAAAUCUUCAGCUCUCAAAAGUGAUGAAAAGCUGCUAUUGAAGACAUUUAAUCAUUUAAACCAUAACCGGAAGUCCACGAUGCGCACGCCUCCACCGCAACUUCCUAUCCUUCUCUGGUGGGAUUCAGUGUACACGAGCGUCGAUGACAUCCGGGUUUGCGGGGACUUCCGUUGCCGCGUGACCAACGACCGGAAGUUACAGAAUCAUACUGAAACAAAGAUAUUCAUAUUUUACGCCUCGCAUUUCAAACCGUACGACCUGCCAUUACCGAGGAAAAGGGGCCAUCUGUGGUCCCUCAUUCACGAAGAGUCCCCUAGAAACGCUUACCUGCUCUCGCACGUUCCCACUUUGUCCUUUUUCAACUUAACUUCAUCAUACAACAUGAAAUCGGAUUAUCCUAUCACUACACAGUGGCUCCAGUGUACUGAUUGGCUACAAGAUAGCACAUACGUGCUGCCAUUGGUGGAUAAAAAUAGACUGCGACAGUUUGGUUUGGCGCCAAUUUUGUACCUGCAAAGUGACUGCGAUGUGCCAUCAGACAGGGAUAAUUUCGUUAAACUUUUACAAGCAUACAUUCCGGUAGAUUCCUACGGCUCGUGUCUGCACAACAAAGAUAUGCCGAAAAGGCUCCGUUUUGAGGACAGUAUGGCUCCACUAGAUGACAAGGAGUUCUUCCGGUUCGCCGCGCGUUACAAGUUUACGUUGGCGCUGGAAAACUACGUUUGCGACGAUUACGUCACAGAAAAAUUGUGGCGGCCAUUACGUCUCGGGUCGAUUCCGAUUGUUUUCGGAGCCCCCAACGUCUUGGAUUACUUGCCGUCAAAUACAUCUGCGAUAAUGGUCGAAGACUUCCGAAGUGUAGCGGAACUUGCCGAAUUCAUUAAACUCUUGGACACGAACGAUAAUCUCUACAAAGAAUAUCUUGCAUUCAAAGAACAACCAAUCGAAAACCUCCAUUUAAAAGAAAUUUUAGAAAAUCGCGAUUGGUCACCAGAAUUUUGUGACCGAAAGUCUCAUUCCGCGUCACAUGUUUUAAAACAGUCGACCCAAGGAUUACUCACCUCAAAAUAUGAUUCCAUUUUUACCGGAUUCGAGUGUUUCCUCUGCAAUCAGGUGCAUAAUAUAGCCGCGGAUGAAUACAAAGGCGUCAAAGGGCACGAAUAUAUUUCAAACCAGGAGCAGUAUUAUUGCCCAUCACCACGAAAAUUCGACCAAAAUGGUCGCUACAGUGUUCAUAACGAAUCAUGGUCCAAAGAGUGGACUUUCGGGAAGUUUGAGGCGCUUGCAAUGAAACAGGUUUUUGAGCAACAGAAAAGAACACAGGAAAAAGAGUUCAUGAGAAUCGCAAAUCAGUUGAUGGAAGCGGAAGAAACAGGCAAAGCUGAUUAUAAAUGAAGUUUUUUUCUGCAGCGGUGUAUUGAUCUGAGCUAUUUGGAGUCACCAUAUAAUGGCCACAUAGGCGUGUCAAUUAAACAAAGUUAUGAUAGACGAGUGGUAAGGGGGGAUUUCUCAUUAAGAAUGAUGGAAAGAGGCGUUUUAACGCUGUUUUAAGAUUCGCAAUUUAAACUAAAACGGAGAAAAUUUGACUGCUGUUGAUUAAUUUGUCAACUGUACAGAACUGUGGUUAUCGGUUGAUGUUUUCCCAUGAUAUCUUGGCUUGUUUCAAUGUAGUUCACAAGCAUCUAUUUACGUAUUAAUACACUGUUGUUACAUUAAUGCAGAAAAACAACUAUCCUCUCAACCGUAGCUAAGUCAACAGAGAUAACAUAGUAUAACAUAGUAUAAUGUGGAUAAUUGUUAGAUGUGUGAUGGUGAAAAUAUAUAUAGAUAAGCAUUAAA